ACAGUUCUCCCACGAUCUAAAUCUGGUCGGUCUGUUGAAGCGAUGCUGAUAGAAACCGGAAUCGUUGAGAUUGCAGUCCAGGACGCGCAUAUUCUCUUCGAAUGCUCGCCGCAAGAGUGGCGUUCAAUCAGAGAGGAAAACCAGUUAAAAGUGGUGCAUUUCGACGACAUUUCUUGCCCAACUUCUGACCAUUUGCAGCUCCAUUCGGCACCGUUCCCUUCGAGACUUGUGGGAAACACUCCUUUUUCGCCUUAUCGCACUACUUCUGUCGUGAGUAGUGUCGACACGAUGGCUCAAAGUGUCAUCUUUGCGGCUCGCCGAGCAAGCAGCCUCGUGCAUCGGCUUCAAUUGACGCCGCUCUCACUCACUUCCCUUCAGCUUGCCCGGUCCGUCAAGCAUGUCGUCGUGAGGACGACACUCUGUACCCAUUUCGGCAAGCUAAAGUGUCCAACUCACUCUCUCCCACCAACCAAUAGGCUUGCGGCCAGCGGCAGAAAAGUUGUCCGCUCCUCGGCACCGUUUGGUUGUCACGUCGCGACGGCCGAGUCACCGAGUCACCGAGUCGGCCACCAGUUGAGUCCAGUUGUCGCGUCUUGUCGGCAGCUCAGAUCUCUUCUUCACGGCCUUCAUAGCCUGGCCCAGACGGGGCAAGAUCAAGGCGGUACAGAUGGCAACUGUCGCGGUUGGAGGACGCAAUCGGUCGCGACGCGUGCCGGUACAGACGGCGAGUUUUGCGCCAAGUCGACAGGUCCAAUGACCCAAAACGUGCCGGUCGACGAGCGUCCGCUUCGCGACAUCCACGACCCAGCCUCCGUCGUCUCCACGACGUCCUCGUGGCCUGUUGGUUGCGGCAGCCGAUUCGACGGCUCAUCGGCCACACACUUCAACUCCCACUCCUCCGGCUUCCGGGCCAACUCGUUUUCCCCACUCUCGCCUCACACUUUCACACCAUGCCCCACCAUCCCCUCUUCUUCCUCCUCCUCUUCCCUGUUGCCGGGACGACUGGCCACUCUUCUGCUCUUUCGUCCGGCUUGGCUGCCAUGCCAGACUUCUGCCGCUCCGGCCUCUCUUUCGCCGACUCCUCAUCUUCUUCCUCCUCCUCCUCCUCCUCCUCCUCCUCCUCCUUCUCCUCUUCUUACUCCCCCUCCUCCUCCUCCGUCGGCAUUUUGGUUGGCGUCAGUGAAGGCGGCCGCGGCUGCCUUCGCAAUGGCUUCCUCCAGCCUCCGUGAGCCGUUCUGCCCAGAGACGAGUUCGCCUCAACCGGUUCCAGGCAAGUGGGAGUCCGCAGUCGCCGGCUGCGCUACUUCGAGGCCACUUGUUCAGCCGAAGGAGCAACUGCGGCCGGAGCAACUUCAGGCGGACUUGCAUUUCAGGCUUUCGAAGAAUUCUUCACGAAUUUCGGUCACAACAAGUCUCGACACCGUUCUGUAA